AUGUCUUCUUCGACUUUUUGCUUUUUAAUUGUAGCUGCUUUAAUUGCACAAAUUGUGGUUUCUGCACCUGUUGCUGAUAAGACAGUGCAAAAGAGACAUGCUGUAUAUGCACCUGCUUAUUCUUAUCCUUAUUAUUAUGCUCCGGCCGCCCCAGCAAGCUCCAGCUUCGUUUCUGGAGGUGGUGGAAGUGGAGGAGGAAUCCAAAGUGUAAUAGGUGGAGGAUAUGGCCUUCCAGGAUCUUCCUUUGUUGCUGGCGGAGGUGGAUAUGGAGGUGGUGGAAUCCAAAGUGUUAUUGGAGGAAGAUAA